CGGGGGAAAGAAGUCGAUAGUCUUGGCACAAGAGCCGAUAUUGGACUCCGCUAGUUGUGAUCGCGCCGCCACACGCCACACACUCUCAACACCGCGACAGUUCACAUCAAUUGCCGGACGAGAGCUGCAUUUAUCGCCGAUGGCCACAGACGAGAAAGGUGCGCGCGCGUGGGCAGUAAUGUGGUGGCGUGCGCUUGUGGCCGAGAUGCUGGCUACAGCGUUGCUAGUGGGGCUCGGCGCUGCUGCUCUGCUACCUCCCGGUGCACCAUUAUCGCACCCUGCGCUAGCCUUCGGUUUUCUCGUCGUCGCUCUCAUCGAGGGGUUCGGCGGUAUUUCGGGUGCGCACAUGAACCCGGCCAUCACGCUGGCGGCGGCGUUGGCUGGUCGGCUACCGUGGGCCGCGGCGUUACCUUACGUCUUAUCGCAAGUGGUGGGCGCCACGCUUGGAUUCGGAGCGCUUAUGCUGCUAUCGCCGUCAGCGUUAUUUGCUGGCGGUCCGGUGGGCGGAACAGCACCAGGUUCUGGCGUGGGCAUGUUAAGCGCGGCGUUAUUAGAGGCGCUCUUGACGGGAACAUUGGUGUUGACGGCUAGUGGCAUUUGGCGCGCAGAAGAUGCGGGUCGUGUCGAUCCUGCGGCGUCCUUGAAGCUUGGUCUGGUAGUGGCAGGCCUAAUUUACGCAGGCGGGCCAUUCACGGGCGCCAGUCUUAAUCCUGCCCGUAGCUUCGCACCGGCACUCUUGCAGGGCUUCACUGCCGACCAUUGGGUAUACUGGGUCGGACCACUAGGUGGCGCAGUGGCAGCUUCCCUUCUUCAGCGUGCUCUUGGCCCGCCCGCAUCACGUCCUGUCCGCCCCGAAGACCUACCCUUACACGACAAAGCCGAGGCAUAACGACUCUCCUUCUACGUUACGAACUUACGAGUGUCGUCAAAUAAUUUGUACAUAUGUAACUUAAUAAAAAUUUUAAAUGGUUGUAUAAUAUCGAAAACAAAUCUAGGAUACUUUCUUAAGAUUUUUUUAUUAUUUUUAUACCAAAAAUGUAGUAGCUAGGGACACAACAUACAAACUGUAUAAACAUUUGUAAAAUUUUCAACUAAACAUACUCAACCAUAAAACCAAUAAAACAUUCAAAAUAAGUAGGACAAUAGGCAGCCUUAUCUCAAACAAGUUAUUAUAACAUAUUAUAGUAGCGUAAGCAAAUAGUAUUCUAUUGAAUACUUUGCAAGUAAUAUUGGAGAAAUAAAUGUAUUAAUUUUAGUGUAAAUGGAAGUUUUUAUGUAAAAUAAUACAUUUUAUAAUAUAUGGAAAAAAUGACAAUAAAUUUCUAAGAUAAGAA